GUCGAGUGCGGAGCGCGCUCGUGGCCGCUUCCCAAACUGACGGUUCCUCCUGGUUCCUCUUCCGGGUUACCGAAAAUAUGAUCAGCUGAAUUAAGUGUCGUGUCACGUGUGUCUUCAAUAAGUGCGUAAUUAACUCAUCAACACUCUACACAUCCAAAACUAUUACACAAUGCCGAUAGGCAGCGUCAAUAAGGAACCGGCAGCCAAGCGGGAGACCUUCAGACCGCCAUGGGUGAAGGAUAAGGACGCAGCAGCUCCGCCACCAUGGACUCAGAGGAAAUUGAAACCAGUGGAUACUGCCAAGACAGCUAAGGCUGACAAGGCUGACGGUGAGGAGCAACCGACUCCGGCCCCAGCAGCAAAACCAUUGAAGCCCGUUUUAAAAAAACAGUCGACAAUAAAGGAAAAAUCUGAUAAGCCUGAAAAAACACAAAAUGGUGUUUCCGAGACAGUCGAAGAAAAACUUGUAAAACCGUCAGCUGCGAAAUCCGCUGACAAGGCGUCAAGACCAGCAGAUGAAAAACCUAGAUUUACAAAAUCUUCAUUAAGAUCAGUCGAUAAAUCACCUAAAACUGAAGAUAAAAACUCAAAUGAGAAGGCUCCAGAGAAACCUGCACUAAGGAGUGUGAGAACAAUUGAUGGUGACAAAACGAAAGAUAAGUCAGUAACAAUCGUAGACAAGAAACCUGUUGAGAAAAAUAGUACAUCAAAAACAAAUAAUACUGCAGCAAAUCAUAAAACUCCAAAUGACAAAAGUGUUACAAACUCAACAAGCAAAACUUCAGAGACAAAGCCACUUCUUAAGAAAACUGAUACAACAAAAGUAGAAGAGAAGGACGACUCAAAAAUGGCCACAAAGCCACCGAUCGAAAAACCUACUACAAAGUUGCCUCCGCGCAAACCAUCCCUUGUAAAGCAAGCAUCAAAGGAUGAACCAGUCAGGAAAUGGAGGGAUCCUCUACACGAGCGGGUCAAGGAAAACAUCGAUAAGACACUUAAUGAAGUUCCUAAAGGUCAUACGCUGACAAAGAAUGAAAGUUUAAGAAGUUUGUUGAAACCAACGCCACCACCAAUGCCGCCACCAUUGCCACCGAAAAUGCCUCCUCCACCCGAAUUCAAAAAAGGUCCACUAGAUCCAGAGAAGUUGAAAAAGUUGGAAAGCCUUAGAAGCAGACCUAGAAAGCGGCCUGACUGGAGUGACAUGAUGAAAGAAGUAGAAGAUGGAAAAAAAUUGAAACACGUCGUUUGCAAUGACAGAUCAAGCCCAAUUAUUACAAAAACAUCAGUAGUAAAAAAUAAAGACCAAUUUAUAUUUGAAUCAGAGAAACCAAACUCACACAAUGCUCUAUUAAAAGAAAUUAAUCUGGGCAUUAAGCUAAAGAAAACUAAAACAAAUGACAGGAGCAAACCUAAUUUGGAAGGUUUAAGGAAGUUUAGAAGGCAAAUGACUAUUGAAGAACAGGUUCAAAAGUCAAUGUCUCAAGCUAAUCUAUUAGCUGCGUCUCCUUCGGGAGUCUCAAUAGCAGGAGGAGUAGCAGAGGUCCCUGGUGCAGAAGAAGAAGAUAUCGAUGAGAUGGAUGAUAUUGAUAAAGUCAGAGACGACCUUCAAUCAACAAAACAAUUGCUGGCAAUUGAACUUAGGAAUAAGGAAGCUCAAGAAAGAGAAAAUAAACGACUGCUGACGAGGAUACAAAAUCUCGAAGCUGAAUUAGCAAGAGAACGUGCAAUUAUAAGACAGGAACAACAUAAGACGGUUAUAUCAGUUACAGAUGCUUACGAUGAGAGACUGGUAAACAGCCUUAAAAGUGAAGUAGAUAGGACUAAAGACACAGCACAUAACUUGGAAAAGCAAUAUCUGCAAGCCGCAGAAGACAGGGACACGGCACUAACAGAACUGGAGGAAGUAAAACGAAAGAAUGCAGAAUUAGAAAAGAAAUUAGAACAAGCACUACAGGGUAUAAUGCCUACAAACAUGGGUUCAAGGAGAUCAAGUCACGCAAUCAAACAGCUUUCGGUUACCAAAGACGACAGUUUCGAGGAGGAAGAUGAAUCGGAGCCUGAAGAGGAGGAGAGUGAAGAAAAGAAACAAAAGCGAAUGGAAAAAGAAGUACGCAAUAUGAGAAACAAAAUCCGACACCUAAAAGAAAAACAAGACCUUAUGAAGCGCGAAAGAAUGGCCUUCAAAAUGUCCCUCAAAAACCAACAACUGGCGUUGAAAGACGAGAAGAAGAAAUACAAAGAAUUAAAGCGCGAAGUAGACAAAAUGGCAGCCAUGAUGAAAGAAGUGGGCUCAGACGAGGAAGAGGAGGAAGAGGAAUCAGAGGAAGAGGAGGAGGAGAAGAGUGAAACCGAAGAGGAAACUGAAACUGAGACAGAGCAGGACACGGAGAGCGAAACGGAGAGUGAGAGUGAACCUGAGGACGCUCCAUUGCCGAAAAAGAAAGACAACCUAUCGACAAGGAUGAAGCGGCACGAGACCAGAGUGACCGCUCUAAAGAAAGGCAACGCCCUACUGAUGGCUAAUGUGGACCGACUGAAGGAUGACGUGCUGAAGCAGAGAGAAGAGUCUGUGACACUCAAGAAUGAACUAGAUUCGCUUAUUAGCGAACUUGAGUAAUAAGGAAGGCAACUGCCUAAGGUUUCCCCUGUUAGAUUUGUUGUAUGGGAUUUGGCUAUAAGGGCGCAUCAAGGCCAUAAUAGUUAUUUACGAUACAAGUGCGGAAAAGAGGAAAUUCGAAACGAGUGGCGAUAAAUUAAAACACGACCGCAGGGCGAGUUGCGAAUUACCUAUUCGCACGUGUAUCGUACAACGUUUUACAGUACAUAUGGCCCUUUAACCCUUAAAUGCAUAAUGAUGUAUAUAUGCAUCGUAUAUUUGAUGGUCCGUGGCUCAAUAUGCAGCUAUCCAAAAUCACAUUUAUUACUUUUAUACAGCAUGACACAUCUAUUUCAAUUUAUUAAAAAGUUAUACAAAAAAUCAUGCAUUUAAGGGUUAAACUUUCGACAUAUGCACGAAAAGUGCUCUUUACGCACUAGUGCGACAAAGUAGCACCAUAUGUACUGUAAAAUAUAUAAUAUAUUUUACUAUUUGACACUUUUGAUAGGCGUGACAGGGGAAACCUGUGCUGGCGCCAUCUGUAAAGAGCUUCGCCAACCCUAUUAAUUCGUGUAAGAUAAUAAUAGCCAUAAGCCCGGUUCACAUUUGUCUGUCGUGUCGUGUUCUUUCAGACAAUGUGAACGCAACCAUAUUAAAUGUAAAGGGACCUCCACACUCAUGCGCGAAUCACGGCGCGAAGCCGCGAACGCGAGUCUGGAGUCUAGUUUGGUUAUCAGCGAAAUCGACUCUACACUCGCGUUCGCGGCUUCGCGCCGCGUAGUCUGGAGCGGGCUUAUAAACCCGAUAUGCGUCACGACACAACACAACACGAUACGUCAGACAAAUGUGAACCGGGCUAUAGAAAUUGACUUAUGACAUGACAUGAAGUUAUCAAGUAGGUAACUAACAGAUAAAAGAUCAUGAAUGUUUCAAUGGAUACUAUUUUCCAUAAAGCUUGAAUCAUACUCGCAAGUCACCUUAUGCAGUGUCUAAAUUAAAUAUCUCUUAAUUAGUUUCAAACAUGGAGUGCCAUUAGUGUUAUGAGCUAAUAUUCAAUAACUUGAGAUUAUGUUAUGUAAAGAUUUAAACAUGACAUUUUUGGCUGCUGAUAAAAUAAUAAGUUAAUUUCUCUAAAUAACAAGCAAUAUGGUAAUAAGUUAAUAACUAACUUGAGGUACCAUAAAGUAACUAAAACUUGAUUGCAUUCAUUUCUUUAAUGGAAUAAAAGGAAUAAGAAUAACAAUUGAAAUGUUGAACAUAUCAUGCCGCAAAUUAAAUUAUAACUAGAAAUUAAGUCAAACAAAAAUUAUAUAUAUAAUUCAUUUAUUGCAAGUAAGUUACACUCAUAAUGUGGUAAGUAAAACUUAAAAAAUAUUAAUUCUUAUACUUACAAAUUAAAAUACUUAUUCUUUUAAUACUUUUAGGGUGCAAAUUUAUUUAUAUCCUUCUUAUCCAUUUUACAUGUUAAUAAUAUGUAUUAUCAGUAUUUUUAUGAAUUAAAUAGCAAAACUACUUACUAGUAUAAUGUGUCAGAUUGACCACAUUAUUAUUGCAUCUAUUUUUAUGCAGCUAUACACUAAUUGAAUAAAUAUUAUGUGAUUUGUAUAUAAUAUUGACACAUACAUAAUAUAAGAUAAUCUCUAAUAUAAUGCCUAAUUUGUAUUGCCAAAGGAAAACAAUAAACUUUUUUAAACUUAA